UUACCUGGGGCCAAACUGAGAGUGAGCCAAUCUGAUGCCUGCAAGCAUUGUGGGCUUGGCCUCCCUGAACACUAAGCCUGCCUCAUACACAUCCUGUGUCCAGAACGGACAGGACUCAGCGAGACUCAAGAUGAGGAGCCUUUCCUUGCUGCUGUUGGUUGCAUUAGCAUCCCUGGGGGAGAGUGAAGAGGGUAGCAAGCACCAUGGUCAAGUUAAAUGGGAGUCCUUGAUACGUUCCAAAAGAAGAUGGGUCUUGUCUACAGUAGAACUACAAGAGGAAAUGGAUGUGAAAUACCCAUACAACAUUACAAGGCUGCACAAUAUAAAGAUUGUUGGAAAAGAUCAUCGGUUUUCAAUAAUGGUAGAAAGUGGGGAAAACGGGCUGUUCAGCAUUGAUGAAACAACAGGAGAUCUUUUUGUACAUAGACGUAUUGACAGAGAGAAGAAACCCUUCUACAGAAUCAUGUUUGAUGUUGUGGACAAAGCGGACAACAUGAACAUUGACAAAGAACUAUUUUUGGAUGUAGAAAUCCUGGACAUAAAUGACAACGCACCAAAGUUCAAUAAACUUGUGAAGAAAGCCAAUGUGAAGGAAAACAUAAAAUCAGGAGAGUACCUGCCAAUAUCAAUGGAGAUCACAGAUGAAGAUCAGGAAGACACAAUAAAUUCAACAGUUGUGGUCAGCGUAGCUAAACAAACCCCAGCUGUACCAAGGAUUGGAAUAAAGAAUGUUAUUGGCAAAACAUACCAACUCACGUUUGAAGGAUGUUUUGACUAUGAUAAAGCAAAGCAGUAUUUAGUUGUUAUUUUAGCAUCUGACAAGGGAAAGCCAGCCCUUUCCAGUUCUACUACUAUCACACUCAAUGUUAUUGACACAAACAGCCAUCAACCAAAGUUUAAGAAGACACAGUACCAAGCUGAGGCUAUGGAAAUGACCCUCUCUAAGGAGAUUUUAAGAGUUGCUGUAGAUGACAUGGAUAGUCCCGGCACUCCCGGUUGGAAAGCUGAGUACUACUUUAUAAGCGGCAAUGAAGAUGGAAUGUACAAUAUUACCACUGACCCCAUAACAAACGAGGGAAUUAUUGGUAUUGCCAAGGCAAAAAAUUUUGACAUAACCAGUUUGGUAAAACUGCAAAUUGGAGUUAAAAAUCCUGAAACCAUGUCACUCUGUAAAGAUGGAAAAUUAAUUACAGAUUCAAGCCAGCUUCCUCCCCCGGAUUCUGUUAACAUCGCAGUGAGAAUGAAUGACACUAACGACCCCCCAGAGUUUGAAAAAUAUACUGACAGUGUACAACAGAAGGAGGAAUCAGAGCCAGGAAAGUCGCUGUAUACUCCUAAAGUCCAUGAUGUUGACUCUUCCAACAUCAGGUUUGAACUAAUAGAAGACCCUGCUAACUGGGUGACUGUUGAUAAGAAAACAGGACAAAUCACAACAAUCGAGAAGAUGGAUAGAGAGUCGCCGUUUGUUGAUGAAAAUAAUAUUUACAGAAUUGUUGUUGCUGCUAUUGAUGAUGGUGCACCUCCAGCCACAAGUACAUUUACCCUCAAGGUUCACCUCAGAGAUAUAAAUGACAACAUUCCCACGCUGGUCAACAAGACAGUCGUAUUGUGCAGAAACCUUGCCGAUAAGGUCUCAGUGCCUGUGAAGGAUGCUGAUGCAGAUCCUUUCAGUGGACCCUUCAUGUUCUCCUUGGCAAAAGAAUACAAUGAGUGGGAAUUAGAAAGUACCUACGGUGAACAAGUCGUCCUUGUUAGAUGGGAGAAGAUUCCCUAUGGUAACUACUCAGUGCCACUGGUAAUUCAGGACAAGCAGAAUCAUGCUACGAAGGAGACUCUGAGAGUGGAGGUGUGUGACUGUCGUAAAAGUGGUGUUUGCAGUGAACAUGAACCUCCUUCCAUUGUCCUUGGUGGAGCAGCCAUAGGACUAAUUGUUGCAGGACUGCUUGCAUUUCUGUUACUUCUCGCCAUUGUUGUGUGCAAUCGAGGUUGGCAGUUUACAUAUGUGGAUAAUGAGGAAGGCCAUCAGACACUGGUCAAGUACAACGAAGAAGGAGGUGGUAGUGAUUGCAAGACUGAGCCCAUGAUCGUAACAUCAGGGGGUUUAAGGAGUGUCACAGAUGGCAUCAAGAUUUCAUACAUGCAGAACACUGAGGCAGCCCCAGGUAUUCUCUAUGGUAUGAGAACGUACAGCCCAGAAAUUUACAAUAUGAACUCAAACAUGAACAUAAUGGAUUUGCAGCAGCAGAGAGCACUAAGAAGCACUAUGAGGGCUUCCAGAUUAUAGACUUUGAGGAUGACGAUGAGGAUGAAGAUGAUGAAGAAGCUGAGGUUGUCUACAUGGAACGCACGCCCCUGCAAUGGCAAAAAGAAGUCUACUAUGGAUCACAUUCUCGUUUCUCUUCAACAUCAUCUGGUUCCAGUGUGACCAGCACAGGUGCAGCGGACACACCAGUGAUCCAGUCUGAUGAUGAAGAUGUGUAUGCUGACACUCUGCUGCUGACCUCCAUUCCCCAUACAAGAGAUGAACAGAGGAAGGAGAUGAGGAAGAAAAUGCUUUUCGACAACACAUCAAUAAGACUGAGCUCCAUCCCCUCCCUCUGUGAAUGAAUGGAGCUAUUUUUUUUAUUAGCUGAAAUUCCCAGUAUGGUUUGGUCAACUGUGAUUUGCUUUGACCUUUGCCGUGUGUGUUUUUCUACAGUUUAUCAAAUUACCCCUGUUGUUUUAUGUGGCACAUUCAAUGUAUAGGACUCUGGGCAUUGUGUCAAAAGACGUUUGAGUUAGUUACAUGACUCAUUCUUUUCCUCUGCACAAACAUGUUCUGCUAGACAUAAAAUUCAGUUUCACUCUUUAAACUGCCAGGGGGAAUCCUUGUGUCUUUUUUAAAGCUCAGAUUCUCAGCAGUUAUGUGAUGUACUAAAAAAACGACAGCAGCACUUGGACCCGAUUCAAACAAGUCAGUUGACCUAAUUCAAACUUGUAACACACAUUUGGACUCUGUUUAAAAGGUGAAUUCUAGGGGAAAUCUGUUCUCAUUGCAACUUUACCAUAGCCCUGAGACCUGCUAUCAAUUGUAAAUAACAAAUAUAUGGUGAUUUUAAAAUAUCAAAUAGGAAACCAUCAAAUCAAGUAAUCAAGUAAAGUCUUAUGUUAAAGGGGCCUAGUCACGUUCUAUGACUUUUGCAAUGUUUUCGCCAGUAGCUCAUUCUGGUGGCAUACAAAGGUUUUCUGAAAAAAAUACCUUGCCCUUUUAGCAUAUUAUAUCUUAAUUCUGUGUUUCUUAUUUAGUUUUUGUUAGUAAACAAAGUGCUUUGUAUAUUUACCAUAACAGACUAUGUGACCAGAAGUACACUAUUACGCAUGUACAAAAUGAGUACACAAGGAGAGUCUAUGGAGCUGAGUGAGUCAGCAACUUCCACUAGAGGUGCAAAAAGAAAGGUUAAAUAACCCUAACCAUGUAGAUCGGGUUGGUCUUCCACCACACAGAGUUGUCACUUUACUGUGAGACAUUGAAGGAUGGUUUAAUGGCUCUUAAAGUAGCUACGUCAAUUGUCACUAUCUGGCUUCCUGAUAGCUCUGUGGUAGUGCUGGCAAAUGGCACAAUAAUGUUUAUUUCUGCUGAUCGUACCUGCUGCAAAAUUCUUUUCAGGCUCAAAAAGGACCAAGUAUAUAUUGUAUAUACUAUCAAGGUGAUCAUUUGGCGUAUAUUGUUUUAUUUGGAGAUGAACGUCUGUUUUUGUGCGUUCUCUUUUUAUGGUCAAAAUAGGCGACCAGACCCGUUUAAAGGCCAAAAACAGCCAACAUCGAAUGGACUAUUUUUGAAAGCUAUCUGGAGUGAAUACAUGGAUCACAGUAUUGAAUAAAUCAGCAGUUAAAGCUGUGAAAAUGUA